AUGAACUCGUCGGGCAGUCGCCCCUCUAGAUUGGGCAGGAACCCCUUCGUUCAUAAACUAAGAUUCAGCACGACAGACAAAAUAAAGAUUGGACUGAUGUCUGUAACGGUGUUUCCAGUGCGACUACUCUUGGUAUCCUUUCUCAUGCUGCUUGCUUGGCCCUUCGCUUUCGCAGCCUCGCUGGGGCGCAGCGAGUAUGUUCUUGAGCCACGGUCAUGGUGGAGAAGUUUUAUACACGUUUCCCUAUUUGUCAUCAUGCGAGUGAUGUGGUUUUGUGGAGGUUUCCAUUGGAUUAAGGUGAAGGGGGAACGGGCUGCGCCAUCUGAGGCCCCUAUCAUCAUCGUUGCACCACACUCCUCAUAUUUUGAUGCCAUCCCAGUCACCUGCACCAUGUGUUCCAUUGUUGCCAAACUAGAGAGUGGCAGUAUUCCCGUCUGGGGCACCUUGAUCAAGUACAUCAGACCAGUGUUUGUAUUCCGCUCGGACCAGGAGUCCCGGAAGCAAACCAUUGAGGAGAUCAAGAGGAGAGCGGGUUCUGGAGGGAAGUGGCCUCAGAUCAUGAUAUUUCCAGAGGGGACGUGCACCAACAGAUCGAGUCUUAUUUUAUUCAAGGCUGGUGCUUUCAUCCCAGGCUUCCCAGUACAACCAGUGGUUCUGCGAUACCAAAACAGACUGGAUACAAUUUCAUGGACGUGGCGAGGGCCUGGAGCAUUCAAGCUCCUUUGGCUCACGUUGUGUCAACCCCACAAUGCCAUUGAGAUAGAGUACUUGCCAGUAUAUACUCCAUCUGACGAGGAGAAGAAAAACCCAAAUCUUUUUGCCAGCAAUGUCAGAAAAAUCAUGGCCAAAGCCCUGGAGGUGCCGAUCACAGAUCUGUCAUUUGAGGAUCGUGAGAUCAGUUUUUCUCAGGGACCCCUGUGCAUCCACAAUCCUAGUAGCCUACUGGAAUUCAAUCAGCUUGUCCGACGUUUAAGGCUGAAUAGCACAGACAGCCUGCUGAAGGAGCAAGCCUGCAGAGCCAGGAAGUUGCAAAGACAUCAGCUGAGUGUAGAAGACUUUGCAUGUUUUUUUCACCUGCCUGUCACAGAUGUACUUCAACAGGUUUUCAACCUCUUUGCUAAGGAUGAAGAGGGACACAUAGACAUCAGACACUUUCUCAUUGCCUUGUCUACCAUUCACCGACCAUCAAGGUCAAUGGAGACCCUCAAGCUGGCCUUCGGGCUGUAUGAGAACGAGGACAGCGGCGAGGUCCAUGAAGACGAGCUGGCCUCCACACUUGAAAUAAUGUUGGGGGUGAAAGAAAUGGAAUUGUCAGUGUUGCUUAUGGAGCUCGAUAGAAUAGACACUGAAAAAAUUACAUAUGACGAACUUUAUCAUUUCAUAGAGCAGCAUCCACGCUUUGUCCAGGACUACCUCGACUUCAAAGACCACCCUCGCAAAUUUUGUAUACGUCGACCUAAAACCUCCAAUGGCCAGAACCACGACAAAGACCACUGA